AUGAGCAACACACCCACUCAGGAGAACCCCGUCCAGGCAUGUUCCCCAGCCAGUGGGCCUACACAACCCUCCCGAUCCAUCCAGCCGAUGUCCGACCCCUCAGUGCCAAAACGAUUGUGCUUCUACAAAAGCGGCGAUCAUACAUUCGGCGGGCACCGCUUGGUCAUCAACGCCCGCACCUUCAAGACCUUUGACGCCCUGCUGGAUGCCCUUUCCAAAAAAGUGCCUCUGCCUUUUGGGGUGCGAACUAUCACUACACCCCGAGGGACCCACCAAGUGAAAGGGUUGGACGAUUUACAGGACGGCGGGGCCUACCUGUGCUCCGACCAGAAGAGAGUAAAGCCGGUCAACUUGGAGGAGGUCCACCGGCGCCAGGUGCCCUGGAACAUGGCCAGAGGCUUCACCGCGGGUCGGCGGAAGCGCCAGGGACUCCACGGCAGGCCGGCUAAGGUUCCGGAGCGAGUGGCUGUCAGGACGCCGAGGAGGCUGGUGGUCAUCAAGAACAAGGAUCCCGACAUGAAGCGCACAAUUGUGCUGCAGAAAAGGACGGCGCCCACCUUUGACGCUUUGCUGGAUUACCUCUCGCAGAUUCUGCAAUUUCCAGUGCUCAAACUCUACUCUAUCGACGGAAGAAGAAUCGGAGGUCUUGCUGCUCUGAUCUUGUGCUCUGGAUUCCUCGUGGCGGCAGGCAAUGAGCCCUUUCGGCUCAGCAACCACGCUCUCCAAAGGACAAGCCAGACAGUCCAGGCGUUGUUCAUGGAAACGGGGCAACCGUCCAUGCAGCGGCAUCAAGCUCUGGACCCGGCCUGCUUGAAGACGUGCGGAUCCACCACAGUGGCUCGCCAGCGCAACGCUUGCAUCUUACCUCAGGACGACGACAUUGAGAAAUCCUUCCGGGUGAACCAAGAUGGCAGCAUGACCGUGGAGAUGAAAGUGCGUCUUACCAUCAAGGAGGAGGAGAUCCUUCACUGGAGUACCACAAUGAGGCAAAAGAGGAAAACCAACCUCCAGCUACUGCAGAGGAGGUUGGAUUUCAAAAAGUAA